GGCGCAGUCGCGCAAGCUUAUUUGCUGCGGCGUAACCCAGCAUACCUUUGUUGCGGUCGUUGAGUAGGCGUAGUUGUUGCCAUCGCUGCCACUGACCACUACCUAACGCCAACGACGGCCGCCGCGCCGCUGCAGCGCUGUCCAGGGCAAAACUGCUUGCCAGCCACUGCGGCGCAAAGCGCGCGGCGCGAACGAAACACUCAUACAUAGACAAAGAUGUUCGAGAAGUCCCUCCAGGACUUGGUGAAGGGGAUAAGAGCACAUAAACGGGACCCCGCGGCCUUCGUGUCCACGGCCAUCGCGGAAUGUAAAAAAGAGUUGAAGAAUGUGGACCCCUUCGUCAAGGCCCAAGCGGUCCGGAAACUUACUUAUCUGCAGAUGUUGGGGUAUGACGUGUCGUGGGCGUCGUUUGCGAUUGUGGAGACGAUGUCGCAACCGCGCUUUGCUCAUAAAAGAAUAGGAUACUUGGCGGCCUGCCAGUGCUUCUGCGAGACGACGGAUGUCGUCCUACUUACGACGAACUUACUGAAGAAGGAGUUCCAAAGUACCUCACAGUAUGAGGUAGGACUAGCGGUAAAUUGUCUGGCCAACAUCGUGACCAGAGACCUCGGACGAGAUCUGUUACAAGAUUGUACCUUGCUGAUGGCCCACUCGAAACCCUACGUGAGAAAAAAGGCGACGAGCGCCAUGUUCAAGCUUUUUGUAAGGUACCCGCAAGGCCUGCGGUUGACCUUUGACAAGCUCAAGGCUCGCUUAGAUGAUGCGGAACCGGCCGUGGCGUCGUGCGCCGUGAACGUCGUCUGCGAGCUCGCCAACAAGAACCCGAACAACUACUUGAGUAUGGCGCCCCAGUUUUUUCGGUUGCUCACGACGUCAUCAAAUAACUGGAUGCUCAUUAAGGUCGUUAAGUUGAUGGGUGCUCUGGUGCCUCGCGAGCCUCGGUUAGCUAGGAAGCUACUGGAACCUUUAGCUACGAUAGUGCAGAACACGGCCGCCAAGUCGUUACAGUACGAGUGUAUCCAUACCUUAACGCUAGCAUUACCAUAUACAAAAAAGGCUGAUGGUAGUGAUUCCCGAAAUGCCCCUGGUGUCGUGCGGUUGUGCGCGGACCAUCUCAGGCAGUUCGUCGACGACCCGGACCAGAACCUGAAGUAUCUGGGGCUGGUCGGGUUUGUUGAGCUCAUGAAGUCGCAUCCGCGGGCGGUUGUAGAACAUAGGGAGUUAGUACUGCUAUGUCUGUCGGAUGACGACGUUACGAUUCGCACGAGGGCUUUAGAAUUGUUGACGGGCAUGGUCACGCGGAAGACGUUGGAGGAUUUAGUUCUGAAAUUGUUAGCUCAUGUCAGACAGGCCGACGGCGCGUAUCGAGACGAACUCGUGUCGAGGAUCAUUCUGGUGUGUUCAAGAGACAAAUAUGCCUAUCUGUCGGACUUCGUCUGGUAUCUUAAUGUACUGGUACAGUUAGCUCGCUUACGAGGUGCGCAGAAGCACGGUGCUUUACUAGCUUCGCAACUGGUCGAUAUCACCAUGCGAGUAAGGCCGGUGCGAGCGUUUGCGGCCCGAGACGCUUUACGGUUACUCUUAGACGACAAGUUGGAGGUAGGCCAAGGUCUCGCGGCUGUAGGAGACGUGCUCGCGGCCGCAGCUUGGAUCGCGGGCGAGUUUGCAAGUCACUUACUGGAGGAGGAGGAUGAAUCAGAUGAUGAAUCUGAUGACGAGGAGGACGCGUUACCUGCAUUCCCGUCGGAACAGCCUAGAGUGACGUUAGUAGAUGUGCUCACGAGACCGGGCACCACUCGACUACCGGCACGAGUCCAGGCCGUCUACCUCCAGAACACGCUGAAGGUCAUCACGGUGCUCUCGUCGGAGGAUUCCGACGAGUUAUCUCCAGCAUUACAGUUAUUGUCCGAGCGAUUAGAUGUCUUCCUGCGAUCAGGACACGUCGAGGUGCAAGAGCGAGCUACGGCAUUGAAAUCUUUAUUAACAACCUUGGGCGCCUGGUCGAACGCCCAACAAUGUCGUAAUUCGUCAGCAGCUCUCCGAGCGACGGUCUCCGAGCGCAUGGUCCCCGUGAAUCCCAAGGCGCAAGCGCGAGUGCCCAAACCACAAGGUUUAGAUCUAUCAAAACCUUUCUCGGAAACAACUCUGACAGCCUUCCUCGAGCAACCGGAUCCAGCGACGAAGCCCUGCUCCUUUGGGGAGGCCGACGAGACCUUCGACGCGGGAUUUGACGACGACGACGCGUUCGCGGAGACCGGUGGUUUUUAUGAUAUUAAAGGUAGUGAUGACGAGUCGAGUGAAGGCGAGAAGAAGAAAAAGAAGAAGAAGGACAAGAAGAAGAAGAAGAAAUCCAGUAGUAGGCUCAACCCGGACCACGAGGACCCGUUCUACAUCGGCGGCGGGCACGUGCGGCCCGGCGACGUUUCUGUGGACGACGUGCCUGUGGUUAGGUUGUCGAAGAAGGACCUAUCAUCGAAGAAGGACAAGAAGAGCAAGAAGAAGAAGUCGCGGAAGGUCGGGCGCGCCGACGUCUACGUCGAGGACUCGCUGCCGGACGGCGUGAGCGACGACGAGGGCAAGCGGCGCGUCGCGGCGUCCAGUAGUGUCCGCGGUCGUUGUCCUGGGGUCGGACGCCGUCCGCGCGAGCGCCUCGACCCGCCCGCGCGCCGUCGACGCGACGCCGGUCCCUCGCCACGCAGGAAGAAGAAGGACAAGAAGAAGAAGCUCGCCGCCGUCGCCGAGGACGCGGACCCCGACGCCCUGGACCUGUCGCAGAUCGACCUGACGGCUCCUUUAAGAGCGGACGAGGUCAUGCCGCAGCGGCAGCACCGCGUCGUCGAGGCGGCGCCGCGCUCCGAGCCCGACUGGGCGGCACCAGCAAAGCCGAAGAAGAAGGAGAAGAAGGAGAAGAAGUCCAAGAAGAGCAAGAAGAAGGAGAAAGCUGCUUCGGAGGAAGAUUUACUAGGCUUUGGCACUUCAUCGCCGCCGCCGCCUCCACAACCUUCCGGUGAUGUCUUCGACCUGCUCGGCACGGGCGACGCGCCGCCGGCGCAAGCACCUCCCGUCGACGUGCGUCGCCCGGCGUCUUAGUUAUUUGUGAACGGCCUUUGACGAUUACCCACACAAUACAAGCUUUUUAACUGCAAGCUGACUUUUUCUGAUGACCACUACGGUCCCAAUAUGCCGAGGCUUCUUUUGUUUUAUACAUAUAUACGUGCGUGCGAAAGCCCCGCUCAUCAUAUACACACGCAGGCGCUGCUCGGACCGUCGUUGGACUUGUCGCCGGGGCAGACGUCUCCAUCAGAUUUCGCGCAGCUGCUCGCGGCGACGGACGGCUGGUGCUCAUCAUCAGUACGUGUAAAGCGGACGGGCGCCUCUGACGAUCCCAUCGGCGCCGUCGCAUCAAAACUGCGCGCCUCGGUCGUCGAGCGCUCCGCCGGCGCGGCGUCGCUGCACGCCGUGGCGGGAAGCGGCGGCCACGUCGCCCUGCUCGUCAAGGCGAACGACAAGCGGCUCAAGGUCGACGUGAAGGCCUCGGAUCAAGGUUUAGUCGACACGGUCGUCGCGGAGCUGAAGGGCUUGGCCGUAUAGAGUGGCUCUUCGCGCGUCUAAGUUAUGUAGUAUGAA